AUGCCGGCCUCCGCGAGGAAGAAGUCGACUUCGAGCAAUGAUGCACCGAGUAGGGCCUCGAAUGACUCGCAGCCCUCCUCGUCAAGUGAGGGUACAUCUACCACGACUGCGGAAAAGACUACGGUCAAGUUGCACAAACGAUCUCGAUCUGGCUGCUUUACCUGUCGCCUUCGCCGAAAGAAGUGCGACGAGAAACAUCCCUCCUGCGGAGCAUGCAACAACCUAUGCGUCAAAUGCGAAUAUAAGCGCCCUAUCUGGUGGGGAAACGCUGAACAGAGAAAGAUACAGAAGGAACGCAUCAAAAAUAAGAUCAAGCAGACGAAGAUGAAUGAGCGGAAUGGGACCUUGACCGGUAGGAUUGGACUCCACCACCUCCACCAUUUCGUCUCUUCCUCCCCUGACCAGCCCUUGGAUUCUGCAGUCGAUUCGUCAGGACAUAGUCGCAGCGUGGCUGUUUCAUCGCCGACCUCCCCCGAGUUCGAGUUUGGCCGCCCAGCCUUUCCGGAACAGUAUGAUAUCUUUGCGUCACACUUGCCCACACCUGCUGUCAAUCAACCGGUCUAUGGACCCUAUCCUCCAUUUGAGAUCGACGUCAAGACAGAACGACAGACCUACAUCAACGAGGUUCCGCUGCACCAUAACGCUUUCAGUUCGACGUUCAGCUCUUUUGCACCCCCUCAACUGGACGCGCCCCUCCCUACAUUCCCAUGCGAGGAUUGGUAUCAAGACGAGUGCUUCCCCCAAGCCCCACAACUUCCCGGGAUCGACCCAGCGCUUUGUGAACAGAGCAUCGAGCAGACUUAUGCCAUGCUACAGGCCAACAUCCCCGUCAGUGACCACGAUCGGCCCCUUCUCGAUCAUUUCAUCCACAAUGUCCUGCGUAUCAUUUUCCCGGUCCUGGAAGCACACCAGCGCGGACACAUCCGAGCGCAAGCCAUCCUCCAAGCACUGGAAACGAACAAGUGCUACCUUCACUGCUGCCUGAGUGUUUCCGCCAUUCACCUCAAGACCACGGAGGGAAUUGUGGGCGAACAGAUAGAUCAUGAUAUCAUGCGCCAUCGCUUUGAGGCUGUCUCUCAACUGUGUCUCGCACUGGGUGAGGAUACCAAGCAUGAGGAGAUCCUUGAUGCGACGCUGGCCAUGAUCUUCUUCCACUGCUCAGUGGGACCCGCUGAUGAUUACCUGCCUGAUAUUCCAUGGUUUGACCACUUUCAAGCCGCUUCAAACCUAGUGAACCGAUUAGGUCUUCCCACAGCAGGCCCGACAUGUGGUAUCCCCUACAUGCUACCACCUUUCAACAUGUCCCUCGCUUCCUGGAUCGAUAUUCUGGGCUCGACUAUCCAUGGGAGGACCCCAGAGUUUGCACACAUGUACCGAUCAAAGCAUUUGAGUGGCUCGUCCUCCGGACUGCGCGAGCUUAUGGGCUGCGACGAUCGGGUGAUGUAUCUUAUUUCAGAAAUCGCUUGCUUGGAUGCGUUGAAGAAUGAAGGCAGAAUUGAUGAAAUGUCAGUCUGUUCUCAUGUGUCAGCACUGGGACGACAGCUGGAAUUCACGGAACCGGUGGAUCAAGCGCUGGAGAGCCCCUACACUUCUACUGGCGCUCUCAGACCCGAUAUUUUGACCAAAAACAUGACCGCCGUAUACCGAAUUGCUGCCAGAAUCUACCUCUGCAGUUUAGUCCCAGGCUUUGACUGCAGCCAGCCAAGCAACCUGAACUUAGUAGCCGCUGCCGCUAACGCCGUUCAAUACAUCCCCUCUGGUCCGGAUGGGUUCGAUCGCUCGCUCGUCUGGCCACUGCUCAUCACCGGAGCGUAUUCGUCACCUGGGAGCCACUUCCGGGCGGUCCUUGCUGAACGGGUUGCCGCACUGGGGGACCAUGCUGACCUCGGUAGUUUUGGCCGCAUGUAUCGGGUCUUGCAGGAGGUGUGGCGAAUCGCCGAUGACGAUGCGGAGCCAUUGUACGGUGUGGAAGAGAGCCCAGCCUCUUCAUCGGGGACCCCCGUGAAAGUGGAGGAGUCCGACUCUCCUGAUGACAUUAGUAAGACUGAGUGGGUGCUGAAAGAAGUCAAGAGGCCGCCAGUCCACUGGCGGGACGUCAUGCACCAAAACGGAUGGGACUACCUGCUACUGUAA